AUGAUGUCAUCCAACCAUCUCACCCUCUGCCACCCCCUUCUCCUCCUGCCCUCAACCUUUCCCAGCAUUAGGGUCUUCUCCAAGGAGCAGUACAACGGCGAGCGGGGCAUCUCUAUACCGGACCACGGUUACUGCCAGCCCAUUUCCAUCCCGCUGUGCACCGACAUCGCGUACAAUCAGACCAUCAUGCCCAACCUGCUGGGCCACACGAACCAGGAGGACGCGGGCCUCGAGGUGCACCAGUUCUACCCGCUGGUGAAGGUGCAGUGCUCCGCCGAGCUCAAGUUUUUCCUGUGCUCCAUGUACGCGCCCGUGUGCACGGUGCUGGAGCAGGCGCUGCCGCCCUGCCGCUCGCUCUGCGAGCGCGCGCGCCAGGGCUGCGAGGCGCUCAUGAACAAGUUCGGCUUCCAGUGGCCCGACACGCUCAAGUGCGAGAAGUUCCCGGUGCACGGCGCCGGCGAGCUGUGCGUGGGCCAGAACACGUCGGACAAGGGCACCCCGACGCCCUCGCUGCUGCCCGAGUUCUGGACUAGCAACCCCCAGCACGGCGGCGGAGGGCACCGGGGCGGCGGCUUCGCGGGGGGCGCCGGCGCGUCGGAGCGAGGCAAGUUCUCGUGCCCGCGCGCCCUCAAGGUGCCCUCCUACCUCAACUACCACUUCCUGGGAGAGAAGGACUGCGGCGCCCCCUGCGAGCCGACCAAGGUGUACGGGCUCAUGUACUUCGGGCCGGAGGAGCUGCGCUUCUCGCGCACCUGGAUCGGCAUCUGGUCGGUGCUGUGCUGCGCCUCCACGCUCUUCACCGUGCUCACCUACCUGGUGGACAUGCGGCGCUUCAGCUACCCUGAGCGGCCCAUCAUCUUCCUGUCGGGCUGCUACACGGCGGUGGCCGUGGCCUACAUCGCCGGCUUCCUGCUGGAGGACCGCGUGGUGUGUAACGACAAGUUCGCGGAGGACGGGGCGCGCACCGUGGCGCAGGGCACCAAGAAGGAGGGCUGCACCAUCCUCUUCAUGAUGCUCUACUUCUUCAGCAUGGCCAGCUCCAUCUGGUGGGUGAUCCUGUCGCUCACCUGGUUCCUGGCGGCCGGCAUGAAGUGGGGCCACGAGGCUAUCGAGGCGAACUCGCAGUAUUUUCACCUGGCCGCCUGGGCCGUGCCGGCCAUCAAGACCAUCACCAUUCUGGCGCUGGGCCAGGUGGACGGCGACGUGCUGAGCGGGGUGUGUUUCGUGGGGCUCAACAACGUGGACGCCCUGCGCGGCUUCGUGCUGGCCCCCCUCUUCGUGUACCUGUUCAUCGGCACGUCCUUCCUGCUGGCCGGCUUCGUGUCCCUCUUCCGCAUCCGCACCAUCAUGAAGCACGACGGCACCAAGACGGAAAAGCUGGAGAAGCUGAUGGUGCGCAUCGGCGUCUUCAGCGUGCUCUACACCGUGCCGGCCACUAUCGUCAUCGCCUGCUACUUCUACGAGCAGGCCUUCCGGGACCAGUGGGAGCGCAGCUGGGUGGCCCAGAGCUGCAAGAGCUACGCCAUCCCCUGCCCCCACCUCCAGGCGGGCGGCGCCCCGCCGCACCCGCCCAUGAGCCCCGACUUCACCGUCUUCAUGAUCAAGUACCUUAUGACCCUCAUCGUGGGCAUCACGUCAGGCUUCUGGAUCUGGUCUGGCAAGACCCUCAACUCCUGGAGGAAGUUCUACACGCGGCUUACCAACAGCAAACAGGGGGAGACCACCGUCUGA